AUGCCACCGCAGUCGCUGCAGAGGCUUUCGCCGUCGUCCGCGCGACCAUGCCCAGACGAAAGAAAUACAUUAUUAUGGCGAUUGCUAGGUAUCUUCGAACCAAGCCCAAAGAGGUCGUCUUACAUCAUUGGCAUAACCGCAUACUUUCCAUCGGCACAAGGGACUCCCCAAACCAAAGUCAAGGCGACUGCGAGCAUACAUUCAAUCCCUACUACUCGUGCCAUUGGGAACAAGCCCACGCCACCCCAAGAGGGCGAAGAGGGAAAUUAUUUCCUGGAUCGACUGAUCUUCUAA